AUGUCUGUUGAUAUUGAACCCCAGGAGCUUGCCUUCAAGCGUCCUUUUAAUCAGGAAGUAUGCCAGAUUCUUCGUCUGGGCAAUAGCACUAGCGAGCCUUUGGUUUUCAAGGUCAAAACCACCGCCCCAAAGCACUAUUGUGUGCGCCCCAACUCUGGUCGUGUCGAGCCUGGUAAACAAGUCGAUGUUCAAGUUCUUCUCCAAGCUAUGAAGGAGGAACCAGCUGCCGAUGCGAAGUGCAAGGACAAGUUCUUGGUACAGUCUGUCGCAGUCACCAGGGACAUGGAGUUCGCGAAUGUGACGUCAAUUUUCGAAAAGGCCUCCAAGUCUGCCGUGGUCGAGCGCAAGAUUCGGGUGCUUUGGUUGGCCCCGAACGCUGACGUCAAGAACGAACCGCACGACGAUGAGCCUCCAUCCUACCCCUCUCCUACUUCCAACUUCGAAACCCCAGCCCCCCGCAAGAUGACUGCCGACCACACAUCGCCCAUCCCUGCUCCCGAGUUCUCUGAAAAGCCCAAGUCCGAAAGUCCUCCCCCAAGAGAAACAACUAGCACUUUGACCAACACCAAGGCCGCCGUUGUCAAUGCCCUCCCCUCGAGCGAGGAUCUGAAGGCUCAGCUUAUCGAGGCGAAUGCGCAAAUCCAAAGGCUGAAGGACCGACUGGCAGAUCAGGGCUUGCGGCAGCGGAAGACCGGCGGCGAGUCCAAGGCUGCCCCCGCGACAAUGCAACAGACACACGCACAGGGCGCUGCCGGUGUGCCGCUUCAGAUGGUAGCUGCACUGUGCCUAGUGAGCUUCUUGAUCGCCUAUUUCUUCUUCUAG